AUAUAUCUCAGAAUGCCCAUUCAUAAUGUUCCAACAACACUUCUUCUCUUGCUCGCAAUAAUCGGAGUCACACAAUCUCUACGGUGUCAUCUCAUAGCCUACGGAAGUCUUACCGAUCCAAACGGAAUCACUACAGCCACAUCACUCCAGGACUGUCCAAUCGGUGCAAACUCCUGCGUCAAAACGAUCGAUUACUCGCAAAAUCGUUUUUCAAAACAGUGUCAAAUCGGAAACUGCACGACCCAACUAGGCGCAACCCAAGCUCCAGCAAACUGCUUCAACACAACUUCGGGAUCAUCAGUAAUGGGUACUUGCUGUUGCUACGGAGACGGAUGUAACUCAAGUCCAUCAAUGCUUCCUCUGGGAUCGUCAAUCCUUGCAGUCAUGAUAUCAAUGUUUAUAUUUUCCUAAUCUUCGCUUCCGCUUCAUUAUGCCACUGUUUUUUAAUUCUUAGAAUUUACCCACUAUCUUCUAACUCCACCGUAUGUACAUAAAUAUCAAACAACAGUCAUUUUCUAAAGCAAGAGUUCGUUAAUAUUGGAAAUGAAUCAUAAAUAUGACUGAUUCUGAUUUCGAUGAAACUAACUAACCGCUCAUGCUUCUGAUUUUUAGUCUGAAUUAACCUGUGAUACGAUCUGACUCAUCAUCCUUGUUUUAAUAAUCAUCAUAUCUCAUAUGAUUUAUAUAUUCUUUUUUUUUAAUUAAAAUAUUAAACUAAAGCCAAUUUCCUUGUAAUAUUUUGUCGCUUAAAUUUUCAAAUUCGUAAUAAAUCUAAAUUUUGAG